GUUGGUGACGUUGGUGACGUUCGUGACACAGGAUCUCACAGUAAACACUGAUUGUCUGCCACACUGAGAGCAAACUUGGACACGGACACAUAAGCAGAAAGGGGACGGAUACUCCAAACAUGAGACUCCCUGUAGUAUUGAGGGUUUCAUCCAGGACUGGUUGGACUGGUUUACAGAACAGGCUACAUAGUGAUGUCCUUGUCCCAUCUGGCGUAGUGGGAGUGUAUAGCAGACCCCCCCUCCCUGUCCUGUUGCUGUUCCCCCCCUGAAGACCUCCACUACCACUGCUACCUUCUUCUUCUUCCUCCUCGUCCUCCACCACCACCACCACCUCCUUCUCCACUUCCUCCUCCUCCCUCCAGCUGCCCCUGUGAUGCCUUCCUUGAGCUGUGGCUACCUGUCACAGUACACCCAUCAUCACCUGGUCGCCUUCCUUCUCACCUUCUUUAGCUAUGUGCUGCUGCAUGCAUCGAGGAAGACCUUCAGCAACGUGAAAGUGAGCAUCUCGGCGCAGUGGACGCCGUCCCCUCAGAAUGGCUCUGCACCGCCUUACUCACCAGGAGAGACAUGGGAGGACAAUCGUCUGUUCUCAGAUGAAAAGCAGGCCACUCUGUUCCUGGGAGCUCUGGACUCUAUCUUCCUCUUCUCAUACGCAGUGGGUCUGUAUCUGAGCGGUGUAAUCGGUGACAGAGUGAACCUGCGCUACGUGCUCUGCUUUGGCCUGUGUGGCUCUGCUGCAGUGGAGUUUGUGUUUGGCACCCUCACUGAAUGGCUCAAAAUCUACAACGUGUACUUCUACUGCUUCCUGUGGGUGCUGAACGGCCUGCUGCAGUCAGCGGUUUGGCCCUGCGUGGUGGCCGUCAUGGGGAACUGGUUCGGAAAAACAGGUCGUGGCUUUGUGUUUGGCCUCUGGAGCGCCUGUGCGUCCGUGGGUAACAUCCUGGGAGCCUUUUUAGCUUCAAGCGUCCUCAAGUAUGGUUAUGAGUACGCCUUCUUAGUGACCUCCGUGGUGCAGUUUGCUGGCGGGGUGGUGGUAUUCUUCGGACUUCUCACAUCCCCAAAGGAAGUCGGUUUAAGUUUGGAGUCAGAGACUGGACUCAGCCCAGUGGAGACAGACACAGACAGUCACAGACCUUUAAUGAGCGACGAGGAGGACGAGGUGGAGGUGUAUGGCAGACGAUAUCACUCAGUACAGCAGCCUGAAGAACCUCUGGAAGAGCCUCCUAAAGCCAUUGGAUUCUGCCAGGCGUUCUGUCUGCCUGGAGUGCUUCCUUAUUCGUUGGCGUACGCGUGUCUGAAGCUGGUCAACUAUUCCUUCUUCUUCUGGCUGCCCUUCUACUUGAGCAACAACUUCGGCUGGAAGGAGGCUGAGGCCGACCGCCUGUCAGUGUGGUACGAUGUCGGAGGAAUCGUCGGUGGGACACUUCAGGGUUUAAUUUCUGACUGCAUGGGAAAGAGAGCUCCAGUGUUGGCUGUUAGUCUGGCACUGGCGAUGGGAGCCUUGGUGGGAUACAGCCGCUCCCCUAACGACCAGGUGAUAAACUCUGCGCUGUUGGCCACCACUGGCUUCUUCAUCGGAGGUCCUUCCAACAUGAUCAGCUCUGCCAUCUCUGCUGACCUCGGGAGGCAGGAGGCUCUGAGGGGGAGUCAGGAGGCGCUCGCUACUGUCACUGGCAUCGUGGAUGGAACUGGAAGUAUCGGAGCUGCAGGGGGACAGUACCUGGUGUCGCUGAUCGAGAGCAGGCUGGGUUGGACCCGUGUCUUCUACUUCUUUGUCGUCAUGACGGGGGGCAGCAUUUUGUUCAUCACUCCUUUACUCAUCAAAGAGCUCCGAGCCAUGUGGAGGGACAGACACUCAGUGCGUCACCAGCUGUGAGAGAGACCUCAGCAUCUGCCUGGGGUGUAAUGUUUCUGAUUUAUCAUUGACAGCUACGUGUUUAGGUGAGUUUUGGGGAGUCGAAGCACUCGGUGGAUGAUAGCUGGAGUUAGAGAGAGAGCCACCUGUUGUAACUCCCACAAACACUGGUGUUUGCUUAACACGCCUGUGAGCACACAGAGAGUCUUACCCACUCACUGAACUCUUAACUGUAAAUGAACACUUUUUUUAGUGCCUGACUCAAACAGGCUUUUAAAGGGAACCAGUCUGUGGAUUCAGACCUUGUAAGGCCUUCACAGAAUGUACUACUGUAUAUAUUUUAAGAUUUGAAUGGAUGUAAAAACUUUUUUUUAAAGAUACCCUUGAGUUGACUUGAAUUUUUUCACCUUAAAGGAGAAGUCCUUAACUUAAAGAUCAGCUCCUCUGAGUUUAUUCAGGGGCUGAGUUUGCCUAAAGAAUGUGAAUAUUAAAUGUAAUCAUUAUCAGCCUUUUAGGCCUCUGUAGAUAUGUAUGAUACUUCAGUUGAGGUACAUUUGCACUAUAGUGAUGUAGUACUUGUAAUGAAGCAAAGUCUUAAGCAUUUGAUGAACCACUUCAAUCUUAACAACCACUUGAUUUCCAGUUUGUUGUCAUCAGGUUUACAAACUAUCCUGUAUAUAUUUUUAUUAUGGGUCUUUCAUUUAUUUGACAUGUGCCCAUCAUUCCUUUUUCACUCCCUGCUGAUAGGAAUGUUUACACCUCACAUUUAAGUGUCUUAACUGAUAGAACAUCCCUUUGUAAACCUUCACACUGACAGACAAUCUCACAUUGUCCUCUUAGACUCUUUGUUUUCAUACACAGUGAACUGUAAACUGAACACUCAUGUUGCAACUGAAUUUGCAGAAGAGAAAGGUUUUGCGUGUUUGUUUCAGGUUUGCACAAUUGUUUGUCAGGAUACGUUGAUGAUGAAUCAUUGCUCAACAUUGACUAUAUUUUAAAAAACACUCAUAA